UGAUCCGCAUAAAAAUAGGUUAUUUUAUUAGUUCUUACAUUGUCUCGAUCUUUAUCUCCUUUUCUAUGAUUCUGCCACUUUUGUAGGUGUUCAAAUCUAAAUAUCAUGUGAUUAGGGUAGGAAAUGAUGUCUGAAAGUGACGAGCACGGCUCGCUCCUAGACAAGAUCAACGAGAAGAUCCACGAGUACAAGCACUCAUCGUCGUCUUCCUCGUCAGACUCAGAUGAUGACAAGAAGUCCAAAAAGUCUAAGAAGAAGAAGAAGCUCUUUGGGAGGAAACAUCCAUUGCAUCACGUUCUUGGAGGAGGCAAAGCCGCCGAUCUUGUGCUGUGGAGGAACAAACAGGCAUCCGGGAGCAUCUUGGCAGGGGUGACUGUGAUCUGGCUGCUGUUUGAGGGCAUCGGCUACCACCUCCUCACCUUCCUCUGCCACGCACUGAUUGUGUUUCUCACCGUCUGGUUCGUCUGGUCUAAUGUUGCGUCCUUUGUCAACAGGUCUCCUCCAAAGUUUCCAGAGGUGAUUCUAUCUGAAGCCCAAUGCCUGAAGGUAGCUCAUAUUGCAAGGAAAGAAAUCAACGAGGCUUUCUAUACAUUGCGCAAUGUCGCUUCUGGAAAAGAUUUGAAAACGUAUCUGAUGUCAAUUGCAGUGCUUUGGUUCAUUUCGAUAAUUGGAAGCUGCUUCAGCUUCUUGACUGUGUCUUACACUAUUUUCCUGAUGGCAUACACUCUGCCAAUGUUAUAUGAAAAAUACGAAGAUCAAGUUGAUGUUGUGGGUGAGAAGGCCCUUAUUGAGAUAAAAAAGCAGUACAAAGUGAUUGAUGCGAAGCUUAUCUCUAAGAUCCCAAUGUUGUCUGAGAAGAAACAACAUUGAAACUGCGCUACAGAGGUCUAGUUCAGCACAUUACCAAUAUAUGGAAAUAGUUUGAUUAGCUUUGCUAUAUUAACACUUCACAUUCUUUAAGAUGACAACAUAGAUAUUGUAUGGAUUCUUAGUGUUGACUCUUCCGAGUCCUAGAACUGUGUCAACCAUCAUAUAAAGUAGUUGCUUCUUCAUGUCAGAUAGUCUAUUUGAUUUUGUAUUGAUGUGGACAUAUAUAUGCUUGACAUUGUGAUUAUUUGCUAUUCCUAUAUGUUACUGGGUGCAUUUAAUAGUAUUUAUACAGUUAUGUU